GUAUUUCAGGGCUAUGCCUCAGAGAUGGACAAUCCAGCCAUGGCCAGCCUCAUGCCCGCUCCUCUGCAGAACAAGAAAGAUGUGCUGUUUGGCAACAUGCCAGAGAUCUACACCUUCCACAAGAGGACCUUUCUGGGGGAGUUAGAAGAGUACCAAGGCUGCCCGGAACUUGUGGGUCGUUGUUUUCUGCAGAGGAUGACAGACCUGCAGAUCUAUGAGAAGUAUUGUCAGAAUAAACCUGCGCUCUGAGAGCUUGUGGAGACAAUGCUCCGACUGCACCUUC